UGUGUGUGUAUACUGUAUGUGUGUGUGGUCGGUGUGUGUGUGUGAGUGAUGCUGAUACGCAGAUCCAGCAUGCAGCCUUAACUCAUCAGCACUGGCUCUGUUCAUCUAUUGAGCACAGACUGUGUGUGUGUGUGUGUGUGUGUGUGUGAGAGAGAGAGAGAGAAAGUGUGUGUCUGUGUGUGUGAGAGAGAGAGUAAAAGCUGUGUGCUCCUGUACACUCCUCACUCAGAGUCAUGAGAGCUCCGAGAUGUGCUCUGCUCCUGCUGCUGCUUCAGUGCGUCUCCUCACUUCCUGUCUCACACACUCACCUGGACAACGAGGAUGUGAAGGUGGUUAAGUGUAUCGUGGAGGUUCUGGCUGAUGCUCUGAGCCAGCCUCAGUCCCUCCCCGUGUCUCAGAAGUGUCUGGAAACCCUCAGGACCGACGACAGGCUCGUGACCAUUCUGCGUCACCAGAACUUCCUCCAGGAGCUGCAGGACAUCGCUGGAAAAGGAGCCAAUGAGGGAUCUGAGAAAGGAACAGAGGAAAUUUCUGACCAUGCUCAAGACCUCCAUGAACCUCCAGAUCAGUCCAUGCUGAUGGCCUUCCUCACACCGGGAGAGACAGUGAAGGAGAGACGAGCAGAGGAGGAGGAGGAGAAGAAGGAACAGAAGCCUCAGAAGAACGAGAUCAUCACCAGCCCUAAGGAAAUGAACAAGGGCGAUGAGAAAGUAGAACGAGUGGUGAUGAAGAAAACUGAAAACAUUGAAGAAGAGGAAGAAGCAGAUGAGGCAGGAGGAGCUGGAGCUCCAGAACACAAACGUGUGGAGCAUGAGAAGGAGCAUGAGAAGGAGCAUGAGGAGGAGCACGAGGAGGAGCAGGGGGAGGAGUCUGUUGAGAGAAGCAAGACUGGUGUGGGGAAGCAGAAACACUGGAGUCAUGGCAGAGAGCCGGUCCACCGCAGGGCAUACGGCCAGCAGGAGGCGCCGCACCACUCUAAAGAGGUGUGGAAGAGCCCUGAGGAGGAGGAGCUCCAGAUGAUGGCAGGAAGAGACACUGAGGAGGGCAGCGCCACCAAGAGGACCGAGGACGCCGAGAUGGAGAGUUUGGCUGUGAUGGAGAACGAGUUGGAGAACAUGGCUCAGAAGCUGCACCGGCUGCGACACGGCUGAAACACACCGGCGUUCCUCCUGACCUUCACCCUCUGUCUGAAACACACACACACACACACACACACAGACACACAGACCGCCACGCAGGACAUGAUCUGCUUUAGCUUCAGCGCUGUCUCGCUUGCUUACUGAAGAAAAUCUCACAAAACACGAGAAUACAUCUGUAAUAAUAAUAAUAAUAAUAAUAAUAAUAAUAAUAAAAUAAUCGUUAUAGAGGAGGAGGAGGAGUUUAUACACAUGUGCAUGCGUUCUUUCGAUAAUGCAAUAAUGUUUCUAAUUAAAUAGGAUUUAACUGUAAUUACAGGUGGGAAUUGUUUUAGAAAAAUAAACACAGAGAGAGAUCUCAGAAACCCGAGGGAGUGUGCUGUGUCUGAUGUGAUGUCAUAAAGGAGACACGAAAUGAAACAAAUGUCAUAAAGCUGCAAGUCAGGACGAUGAGACAUGACAGGAGUUAAGUCCAGGUUAAACACCAGAGCACAGGGAGGGAUAAGGAAACAGCACCCACACUCACCGGCCACUUCAUUUGGUACACCUGGUAAACUGCUCGUUAAAGCAAAUAUCUAAUAAGAAAAAUCAAAAGGCAGCAACUCAGUGGUAACGACAAUCUGCUGAAGUUCAAACUGAGCAUCAGAAUGGAGGAGAAAGGUGAUUUUAAGUGACUCUGACCGUGA